AUGCUUAUUUUAAAACUGAAUACUUUGUCAGCGGAGGAUUUAUUUGCCGUGGAAAGACGACUCUUGCGCUGGACGGAUGUCAAGCAACAGCCACUGGAAAGCGUGGACCUUGACUUUAACAUUUUGAAUCACCAUCGUGCCGAUGUUUACGGCCAUUUGCUUGGCAUGGCGAUGCAUCUCCAGAUUCAUGAAACGUUGGGUGUCGACGAAUCCCAGUUGCUUGAUUUUUUCAUUGACGUGGAUGCCGCUUAUCUUGACGCGCCGUACCAUUCAUUUUAUCAUGCCGUCGAUAUUGUGGCUGUCCUGUACUACAUGAUCAUUCAUCUCAAAGGAAAAGAGUACCUGUCGCCCUUGCAUAUUGCCAUAAUUUUUAUCAGUGCACUGUGUCAUGAUGUGGGUCAUCCAGGUUACAAUAAUCUAUAUCUGCGAAAUACCCAGGCCGACAUUGCUCUAAAAUAUCAAGGGGAGUCGAUCCUGGAAUCACUGGCUGUCGAGAUCACGCGGCAACUGAUCGAACGCCACCAAUUGCUUCGCAAUGUAUCGUGUGCCAGCCGAUUUAUGACAUCGCUUGAAGACCUUAUUUUAGCCACCGACAUGGCCCACCACUACGAUCUGCAAGCGGAAGCGCGACAACUAUCGGAUCUGUUGUCGUAUACAAAGCAAACCAAUGAAGAAGGUCAAGAAGAGGAUGAGCAGUGUUGCAAGAGCGCCACUUUCCAAGACGUCGUGCCUUGUGACAGGGGAUCGGUGUCGGCGGAUGCGCAUUAUCAGAGCUUUUCCCGCGUGUUAUUGCAUGCGGCUGAUAUCAGCAAUACUGUGCGACCGUGGCCGAUUUGCAAACAAUGGUCAGAUCGCAUUGUGGCUGAAUUUUUUCGUCAAGGAGACGCCGAACGAGCGGCCGGAUUACCCGUCAGUCCGGGCAUGGAUCGAUUUUGUGCUGUUCGCGAAACCAUGAGUGUGAAUUUUGGCGAUGUGGUAGUGAAGCCGUACUUUGAAGCACUGACCCAGCUUUUACCGGAAGCCGAUGUAUUUCUUGCCAUAUUGACAGACAAUCGCGAUCAGUGGCAUCAACUGCAGGAAGGUCCUUCUAUUUUCAUGCCAUGUUGUCACGUUUACGAACGCCAGUUUCCAAAAGGCUUGUGUAAUCCGAACCGUCAUCCCAACGGUCGCCGUGUCAGCGUAGCAGCAGGUACCGUGACCAUUCCCAAUUACCUGUGUCAAACGCGGCCAAAAGGAGAAUGGUGCCGACCCAAAAGUCUUUCAACGGCUAUUUUUUCCACCGAUCCACUGCUGCCACGGCUUAGUUUAUUCUAUUUUAACCAACGGCGCUCGUGUGAUCUGACAACAACAGCCACCACGAUCCAAGUCAAGAUGGAUUAA